CUUCAGCACUUCCGGGGUGUUCCGGAAGUACUUGCUGCCUUGGUUCGGACGUGCGUGCGGUGCUGCGUUUCCGCUUGGUCGCGGCCGGGGCCGGGUAGCUGAGGCGGCGCCAUGGCUGAUGUGACCGCGCGGAGCCUGCAGUACGAAUACAAGGCGAAUUCUAAUCUUGUACUGCAAGCUGAUCGCUCCUUGAUCGACAGGACCAGGCGAGAUGAGCCUACAGGGGAAGUGCUCUCCUUGGUUGGGAAGCUGGAGGGCACUCGAAUGGGGGACAAGGCUCAAAGAACAAAACCCCAGAUGCAGGAAGAGAGACGAGCAAAGAGGAGAAAGCGUGAUGAGGACAGACAUGAUAUCAAUAAAAUGAAGGGUUAUACAUUGCUCUCUGAGGGCAUUGAUGAGAUGGUGGGAAUCAUCUACAAACCCAAAACCAAGGAGACCCGGGAGACCUAUGAGGUGCUGCUAAGUUUCAUUCAGGCAGCCCUUGGGGACCAGCCUCGUGACAUUCUCUGUGGAGCAGCUGACGAGGUCUUGGCUGUAUUGAAGAAUGAGAAGCUGCGAGACAAAGAGAGGCGGAAGGAAAUUGAUUUACUCUUAGGACAGACUGAUGAUACCCGCUAUCACGUGCUGGUGAACUUGGGCAAGAAGAUCACAGACUAUGGUGGUGACAAGGAGAUCCAGAACAUGGAUGAUAACAUUGAUGAGACAUAUGGCGUGAAUGUUCAGUUUGAGUCUGAUGAAGAGGAAGGUGAUGAGGAUGUGUAUGGUGAAGUACGGGAUGAAGCAUCUGAUGAUGACAUGGAGGGAGAUGAGGCUGUUGUCCGCUGCACCCUUUCAGCCAAUCUUGUGGCAUCAGGUGAACUGAUGAGCUCAAAGAAGAGAGACUUGCAUCCCCGAGACAUUGAUGCCUUUUGGCUUCAGCGACAGCUGAGUCGCUUCUAUGAUGAUGCCAUCGUGUCCCAGAAGAAAGCAGAUGAGGUGCUAGAGAUCUUAAAGACUGCCAGUGAUGACAGGGAGUGUGAAAACCAGCUUGUCCUGCUUCUGGGCUUCAACACCUUUGACUUCAUUAAAGUGCUGAGGCAGCACCGAAUGAUGAUCCUGUACUGCACACUGUUGGCUAGUGCACAGAGUGAAGCUGAGAAGGAGAGGAUAAUGGGGAAGAUGGAGUCUGAUCCUGAGCUGUCGAAAUUCCUGUAUCAGCUGCAUGAGACUGAGAAGGAGGAUCUGAUUCGGGAGGAACGCUCCCGCAGGGAACGUGUGCGCCAGUCCCGGAUGGACACUGACCUGGAAACCAUGGAUCUGGAUCAGGGUGGAGAGGCUCUGGCCCCGCGCCAGGUGUUGGACCUGGAGGAUCUGGUGUUUGCUCAAGGGAGCCACUUCAUGGCUAACAAGCGGUGCCAGUUGCCCGAUGGCUCAUUCCGCAGGCAGCGCAAAGGCUAUGAGGAGGUGCAUGUGCCUGCUUUGAAGCCAAAGCCCUUUGGCUCUGAGGAGCAACUGGUGUCUGUGGACAAACUGCCCAAAUACGCCCAGGCUGGGUUUGAGGGGUUCAAAACACUGAACCGGAUUCAGAGCAAACUCUACCGUGCUGCGCUUGAGACCGAUGAGAACCUGCUACUCUGUGCUCCCACGGGUGCAGGGAAGACCAAUGUCGCUCUGAUGUGCAUGCUACGUGAGAUUGGGAAGCACAUCAACAUUGAUGGAACCAUCAACGUGGAUGACUUCAAAAUCAUCUACAUUGCUCCGAUGAGGUCCCUGGUGCAGGAGAUGGUGGGCAGCUUUGGGAAGCGCCUGGCAACUUACGGCAUCAAUGUGGCUGAGCUGACUGGAGACCACCAGUUGUGUAAGGAAGAAAUCAAUGCUACCCAGAUCAUCGUCUGCACCCCUGAGAAGUGGGACAUUAUCACCCGCAAGGGAGGGGAGCGUACCUAUACUCAGCUGGUGCGCCUCAUUAUCCUGGAUGAGAUCCACCUUCUACAUGACGACCGGGGUCCUGUUCUAGAGUCUCUGGUGGCCAGAGCCAUCCGCAACAUUGAGAUGACCCAGGAGGACGUGAGACUUGUUGGCCUCAGUGCCACUCUCCCAAACUACGAGGAUGUGGCUACGUUCCUGAGAGUGGACCCUGUCAAAGGCUUAUUCUACUUUGAUAACAGCUUUCGCCCAGUGCCUCUGGAGCAGACCUAUGUGGGAAUCACGGAGAAGAAAGCCAUCAAGCGCUUCCAGAUCAUGAAUGAGAUUGUCUACGAGAAGAUUAUGGAGCAUGCUGGGAAGAACCAGGUGCUGGUGUUCGUUCACUCCAGGAAGGAAACGGGGAAGACUGCCCGAGCCAUCAGGGACAUGUGUCUGGAGAAAGACACACUGGGUCUCUUCCUUCGGGAGGGCUCAGCCUCUACAGAGGUCCUGAGGACAGAAGCUGAGCAGUGCAAGAAUCUUGAGCUGAAGGACCUGUUGCCAUAUGGCUUUGCUAUUCACCAUGCUGGGAUGACUAGGGUAGAUCGAACGCUGGUGGAAGAUCUGUUUGCUGACAAGCACAUUCAGGUUCUGGUCUCCACAGCAACGCUGGCCUGGGGUGUUAACCUUCCGGCUCACACAGUCAUUAUCAAAGGGACGCAGGUGUACAGUCCAGAGAAGGGCCGCUGGACUGAGCUGGGUGCUUUGGACAUCCUGCAGAUGCUCGGACGUGCUGGGAGACCCCAGUACGACACAAAGGGGGAGGGGAUCCUCAUCACAUCCCAUGGAGAGCUGCAGUAUUACCUCUCCCUACUCAACCAGCAGCUUCCUAUUGAGAGUCAGAUGGUGUCGAAACUGCCAGACAUGCUGAAUGCGGAGAUUGUUCUGGGGAAUGUCCAGAAUGCAAAGGAUGCGGUGAACUGGCUGGGCUAUGCCUACCUGUACAUCCGAAUGCUGCGCUCCCCGUCACUCUAUGGGCUGUCUCAUGACGACCUAAAGGGAGACCCGUUGCUGGACCAGCGCCGGCUGGAUUUGGUUCACACUGCAGCACUGAUGCUAGACAAGAACAAUCUUGUGAAGUAUGACAAGAAGACGGGGAACUUCCAGGUGACAGAGCUGGGCCGCAUUGCCAGCCACUACUACAUCACCAACGAGACUGUGCAAACCUACAACCAGCUUCUGAAGCCCACCCUGAGUGAAAUUGAGCUUUUCCGUGUCUUCUCGCUCUCUUCAGAAUUCAAGAACAUCACUGUGCGGGAGGAAGAGAAGCUGGAGCUCCAGAAGCUGCUGGAGCGGGUCCCCAUUCCUGUGAAGGAGAGCAUCGAGGAGCCCAGUGCCAAGAUCAAUGUGCUCCUGCAGGCCUUUAUCUCCCAGCUGAAGCUGGAAGGGUUUGCUCUGAUGGCAGACAUGGUGUAUGUCACCCAGUCUGCCGGCCGGCUGAUGCGUGCGAUCUUUGAGAUUGUCCUGAACCGGGGCUGGGCACAGCUCACCGACAAGACUCUGAACCUCUGCAAGAUGAUUGACAAGCGGAUGUGGCAGUCUAUGUGUCCCCUGCGCCAGUUCAGGAAACUGCCUGAGGAGGUGGUGAAGAAAAUCGAGAAGAAGAACUUCCCCUUUGAACGUCUCUAUGACCUGAACCACAAUGAAAUAGGAGAGCUCAUUCGGAUGCCCAAGAUGGGCAAGACAAUCCACAAGUAUGUUCAUCUGUUCCCAAAGCUGGAGCUGUCUGUCCAUCUCCAGCCCAUCACCAGGUCCACCCUGAAAGUGGAGCUGACCAUCACCCCGGACUUUCAGUGGGAUGAGAAGGUGCACGGCUCAUCUGAAGCCUUCUGGAUCCUGGUGGAGGAUGUGGACAUUACAGUAAGGGGUGGGGUCAGAAGAGCCAAGCACCUCCUCACCUUCUUCGUGCCAGUGUUCGAGCCCCUGCCCCCACAGUACUUCAUCCGGGUGGUAUCUGACCGCUGGCUCUCCUGUGAGACGCAGCUGCCCGUGUCCUUCAGGCACCUGAUUCUGCCCGAGAAAUACCCCCCGCCCACUGAGCUGCUGGAUCUGCAGCCACUGCCUGUGUCCGCUCUGCGCAACAGUGCCUUUGAGAGCCUCUACCAGGACAAGUUCCCCUUCUUCAAUCCCAUCCAGACCCAAGUGUUUAACACUGUCUACAACAGUGAUGACAAUGUGUUCGUGGGCGCCCCCACGGGAAGUGGAAAGACCAUCUGUGCGGAAUUUGCCAUCCUGAGGAUGCUGCUGCAGAACUCGGAGGGGCGCUGUGUUUAUAUCACCCCAAUGGAGGCCCUUGCUGAGCAGGUCUUCCUCGACUGGUACGAGAAGUUUCAGGAGCGCCUCGGGAAGAAAGUGGUCUUACUGACCGGGGAGACCAGCACCGAUCUCAAGUUGUUGGGCAAGGGCAACAUCAUCAUCAGUACCCCCGAGAAGUGGGACAUCCUCUCUCGGCGCUGGAAGCAGCGCAAGAAUGUCCAGAACGUCAGCCUCUUCCUCGUGGAUGAAGUGCAUCUCAUUGGGGGCGAGAACGGGCCUGUGCUGGAGGUGAUCUGCUCCCGGAUGCGCUACAUCUCCUCCCAGAUCGAGCGGCCCAUCCGCAUCGUGGCCCUGAGCUCUUCGCUGUCCAACGCCAAGGACGUUGCCCACUGGCUGGGCUGCAGUGCCACAUCGACCUUCAACUUCCACCCCAAUGUGCGCCCUGUGCCCCUAGAGCUGCACAUUCAGGGCUUCAACAUCAGCCACACGCAGACCCGCCUGCUGUCCAUGGCCAAGCCGGUCUAUCAUGCCAUCAUGAAGCACUCGCCCAAAAAGCCCGUCAUUGUCUUUGUCCCGUCACGCAAGCAGACACGCCUCACAGCCAUAGACAUCCUCACCACCUGUGCCUCCGAUGUCCAGCGGCAGAGGUUUCUGCACUGCACAGAGAAAGACUUGGGGCCGUACCUGGACAAGCUCCGUGAUGGCACCCUCAAGGAGACCCUGGUCAGUGGGGUGGCCUAUCUGCAUGAGGGGCUGACAGCCAUGGAGCGGCGCGUUGUGGAGCAGCUCUUCAGCUCUGGUGCUGUCCAGGUAGUGGUGGCUUCGCGGAGCCUGUGCUGGGGCAUGAAUGUAGCUGCUCACCUAGUGAUCAUCAUGGACACUCAGUACUACAAUGGCAAGAUUCAUGCGUAUGUGGAUUACCCCAUCUAUGAUGUGCUGCAGAUGGUGGGCCAUGCCAAUCGCCCUUUGCAGGAUGACGAAGGGCGCUGCGUUAUUAUGUGCCAGGGAUCCAAGAAGGAUUUCUUCAAGAAAUUCCUUUAUGAGCCGCUGCCAGUGGAGUCGCACCUGGAUCACUGCAUGCAUGACCAUUUCAAUGCUGAGAUUGUGACCAAAACCAUUGAGAACAAGCAAGAUGCUGUGGACUACCUCACCUGGACCUUCCUGUACCGCAGGAUGACCCAGAACCCAAACUAUUACAACCUGCAAGGGGUGUCUCACAGACACCUGUCUGACCACCUGUCUGAGCUGGUGGAGCAGACCCUCAGUGACCUGGAGCAGUCCAAGUGUAUCAGCAUCGAGGAUGAGAUGGACGUGGCCCCCCUUAACCUGGGAAUGAUUGCAGCCUAUUACUACAUUAACUACACCACGAUUGAGCUCUUCAGCAUGUCUCUGAAUGCCAAGACGAAGGUGCGUGGGCUGAUUGAGAUCAUCUCCAACGCUGCUGAGUAUGAGAACAUCCCCAUCAGGCACCACGAGGACAACCUCCUGCGGCAGUUGGCUCAGAAAGUCCCUCAUAAACUGAAUAACCCCAAGUUCAACGACCCCCACGUCAAGACCAACCUGCUGCUGCAGGCUCACCUGUCCCGCAUGCAGCUGAGUGCGGAGUUGCAGUCUGACACGGAGGAGAUACUCAGCAAGGCAAUCCGCCUGAUCCAGGCCUGUGUGGACGUCCUGUCCAGCAACGGCUGGCUCAGCCCGGCCCUGGCAGCCAUGGAGCUGGCCCAGAUGGUCACCCAGGCCAUGUGGUCGAAGGACUCGUACCUGAAGCAGCUGCCUCACUUCACUUCGGAGCACAUCAAGCGCUGCACAGACAAGGGGGUGGAGAGCGUGUUUGACAUCAUGGAGAUGGAGGACGAGGACCGGAAUGUGCUGCUGCAGCUCUCAGAUGCCCAGAUCGCCGACGUGGCCCGUUUCUGCAACCGCUACCCUAACAUCGAGCUCUCCUAUGAGGUGGUGGAGAAGGAGGGCAUUCGCAGUGGAGGCCCGGUGGUGGUGCUGGUGCAGCUGGAGCGAGAGGAGGAGGUCACAGGACCUGUCAUUGCACCUCUCUUCCCACAGAAACGGGAGGAGGGCUGGUGGGUAGUGAUCGGCGACUCCAAAUCCAACAGCCUCAUCUCCAUCAAGAGGCUGACUCUGCAACAGAAGGCCAAGGUGAAGCUGGAUUUUGUGGCCCCAGCCCCGGGUGCCCACAACUACACCCUCUACUUCAUGAGUGAUGCCUACAUGGGCUGCGACCAGGAGUAUAAAUUCAGCGUGGAUGUGAAGGAAGCAGAGAGUGACAGUGACUCCGACUAAGUCACGUCUCCAUGGCUAGGAGCAGAGACCUGGGCCCAGCUGCUCUGUUCCAGGGAGCAAUGUGUGCAGCUCUCACAUUUGUUUUAACGUGUUUGCAUGGGAGCCUUUGCUGGCUGUCAUCCAGGGUGGGGUGGCCUGAGGAAAUCUUAGCCUUUCCUGGCAGUUGAGAGCUGCUGUGGGCCUUCUCCUUUCCCCACUGCUGCUGGCUGUGGUGGCACCAACGGGGGCAGCAUGUGGCCUGUGCCCGAGACUCCUCGCUCACCUCUUGGAGCUCCCCAGAAGCUGAUGCCUGGGGCUAAACAGAGAAGCUUUGUACAGUGGUCGUAGAGGGGGCUGGGCCAGUGGCAUCCAGCCUCAAUAAAGCUCUUUAGAAACAAC